UUAACCGUCAGCAAUCACUCACAGUAAGCACGAGCGCUGUCCGUUUGAAUCGCUCGGCUUUACAGACGUGUACCUCUUCACCGAGCAAAAAGUCUGAUGAUUUGCAUUCUAGCACCUAUUUAACUGCAUGCUGAUCUGAAUCUGGAUUUUACGCACUGAGCCUUUAUAUGGACUACGCGCUUUGCAGCACUCUGCGUGUUUUUCCCACGGUAUUUGCUCCGUAGAUAGUAGUUCGAUUUUUAAAAUAAGAAAAAAUGGCAACGGACGAGCUGUCAUCGAAGCUGAGCCGUCGGCUGCAGAUCGAGGACGGCGCGCACGAGCCGAUGGCCUUGGACGGGGCACACGAAAACGGAGAGCACGAGAAAGCGGCCACGGCCAGCGCGGAUUCGGAGCUGGGAGCGAAACUGCAGCGGCGCGGGGAGCUGAACGAGGGCGCCGGUGAACACCACCAGCGCAGCAUGAAGGUGUUCAACCCAUACACAGAGUUCAAGGAGUUCUCGAGGAAACAGAUCAAAGACAUGGAGAAGAUGUUCAAAGAGUAUGAUUCAGAGAGAGAUAACUUCAUCGAUCUGAUGGAGCUGAAGCUGAUGAUGGAGAAACUCGGAGCGCCACAGACUCACCUGGGGCUGAAGAACAUGAUCAAAGAAGUAGAUGAGGACUUGGAUGGCAAACUCAGCUUCAGAGAGUUCCUUCUUAUCUUCAGAAAAGCAGCCGCAGGAGAGCUGGCGGAAGACAGUGGGCUUCAUGUCUUGGCACGCCUGUCAGAGAUUGAUGUGUCAACUGAGGGAGUAAAGGGAGCCAAGUCAUUCUUUGAGGCAAAAGUGCAGGCCAUUAAUGAAUCAAACAAGUUUGAAGCGGAAAUCCGUCAGGAGCAGGAGGAGAAGAAACGGCAGGCGGAGGAGAGGAAACAAAGACAAGCCGCUUUCAAAGAGCUGAAGUCAGCCUUCAAAUAACCACACCAACCUCGACAGCCUCAACUUACCAUGUCUGUCUGGCGGUUCAUCAAAGAGCCCCCUAAUCGUAGAUACUAUGCAAGGCUGUGAAACGCUUUGAGAUCCAUGCAGAUUCAUCUUCCUGAGAGAGAGAUGCCCAUGUUGUUUGUGCUCAUGACUGGAUCUAACACAUCCGUCAAUGUUGAAAUUGUUGUUUGAUUUUUUUUUUUUUUUUUUUGUUGCUCUCUCUCUCUCUCUCUCUCUCUCUCUCUCUCAGGCUCAUUUUUAAUGUGAAGCUAGACAUUGAUGUCAGUACACUGGAUUCGAUUUGUUAAAAUCUGUUUCAAUGGCACGUGUAUAUAUGUACUGUACGUGUACUGUAGUUCUUACAUCAUUGUUCUGUGUCAGUCUAAUUUUACCUUGAAUGGCUUUUUUCAAAUCACUUGUGUGUUGUUUGUGUCAACGUUAAAGCGCAGUGGGUUGCUGAGAUUUAAUUCUAAUGCUUUCAGAGGCAAUUAGGAGUUUUAAAGGGGUUUUAAUCAAUUUUAUGCCAUAUUCAAUCCAUUGUAUGCAUAUCAGUGGUAAUUACACUAGUGUGACAUCAUUUCCUGCUUUUCACUGCACCAUUACUAAUUAAUUUAGCAUCACUGACACAGCAUGGUGUCCAUUUGACCAUGAGAGCACAAAAAAUUAGCAUUCUUUCACAGAUACAUGAAAUAUUUAGAGCAUAAUAUAGUCUGGUUUUUUUUUGUUUGUUUUUUUCCUGAGAGGAGUUGGGUGUAUGUGCAUGUAUGGUGACUGUAAUGGUGUUUGUUAUGAGUGUGUAUAUAUUUUUGCAUGGUCAAUUAUUUUCCCUCGACGUUAAAAGUGGCACACACAAGCUUACCAACUGUCAUCUAUGUACAAUCAAAAUUGCAAUGGGAAUGAUAUGACAAUUUGAAAAAAUUUAACCUAAGAACAGUCCCUGACUACUUCUGGACAUCCUUAAUCUGUGCUUUCAUGUGUGCUUAAGUAAAAUUGACAUGCUUUGGGUUUGGGUAGAUAAAGGGUUAAAUUCACCUCAGCUCUGUUAACUGUAACCUUCCAGCAUGGCUGAACUAAAUUAAGUUCUGGCUUGCAAAUAUUUAUCAUCUUAUGUACUACAUUCCAAGCCUUACACAGCACCACAUGCACAGUGAGAUAAGAUGAAAGCAAAUGUGUUUCAUUCGUAAAAGCAAGUCAUCAUUUGAUAGAGAAACAGCUGUGGCUAUUCAAUAGAGCCAGUACAUGUGUUCCAACAUUGAAAUGAUGGAAAUGUCCAAUGUGUUUGAAUGGAAUCUGACAUUUCUCAUCUUUUUCAUCAAGUAUUUAGUUUAAAAAAAAAUACUAAUAGAUUUCACCAACAAAGUUUACUGUGACGUAACAAAUGAGGGAAAAAUUUCUAACGGAUACCCACAAAGGAACCAUUCAAAAGCCUAAUUCAUUGAAAUAUGACUUUGAUGGUCAUGUAGUUGAGUUAACUCAUGUACCUGGCAGUACACUGUGGCAAAGGAAACUGAGAUGCCAUGUAUAAAGACAAAUCUAUAUUUUCAUGUGAUGAAAAUGAACAAUUUUAGUUUUAUAUGGAAAGGGGUCUUGUGAAAAAAUGUGAAUUGUGUUGUCUACAAUCUUGUCUCCCAUGUAUUCUGUGUAUCAGAUAAUUACAUGCUGGCAAAACAACUUUAUGCAUUUCUAUAUUAGAUAACAAUAUUGUUAACACUUGCUAUGCUUCAUCUUGUAUUGGUUUCUUAGUGUGUUUCUGUGUUCAGAGUCACUGGUAACUUUCUUGUUUGCUCACUAGUUCUGUGGAAAUUCAGACAAUACAGUAAGUGUAUUAAUAUUUGUCUCCUUAUCUGCUCUUACAGUACAGCCAUUUUCAUUUUCCUUUUAAUUUGUAAGUUACUGUUCUGCUGAAAAGUAUUUUGAAUACGGGGUGUUAAAGGGUGAACAUAACAAUGUAUAUGUUACUGAUUGAGGAAGAGGGACUAAUCAAACAGCAAGCUGCAUUCUGUUAGAAGCCAUAAACCAUUCUGUCAUUCCUUUUGAGAUUGAUUUUGUUACAUUGUUAUGCUGUGCCAAAAGAGUUCGGUACUGUGUUAAGUUCAUUUCAGUAUAACAUUCUGCUUUAAAUUUCUCUGAAAUCUAUCUUAACGUUUUUGAUCAAUAGAUCUUAAUUAAUCUUUAGAGCUAUUUAGAAUUUGGUCUAUACAUCACUGAUCUACAGUGUUCAUCAUACAAUUUUUGUUAUUUUAAUAAAAAGUAAGAAACUACUUUAAAAUUGUAGUUUCAUAAUUAAGGUUUGCACAUCUGAAUAAUUACAAUACAUUUCUGGCUGUAAUACCACAAAGAUGCAAUUUCCACUAAGGGUUUCAGUGAAAAUGUGCACACACACACACACACACACAAAAUUGAUCAUUUUUGUGUGCAAUUUAAUGCCAGAAGAAUGAGAAACAACUGUGUUUUUUUUUUUUUGUUUUUUUUUUGUUUUUUACAAUUUCAUUUUAUGGAUUUUAUUUUAGCGUUCCAUUCUAUUCUUUUUCAUUCUAGCGAUCUGAAAAUGGUUGAGAGGGCUUGACCACCCUGGCCAUAUCUGUAUCUUACUGUCGCUGUCUAUGUUGAAACUGGUGGUUAUGGUAUCAUACUCUUAUAGGCUUAUACAUAUUGAUAUGUGGCUUCUAUAAUAUGCACAUUUAUUUUUGAUUUUCUUACUAAAGUGUAUAAUUAUUCUUGAGACAAUAAAAAUACUUUUAAUUUGGAA